AUGAGGGAAAAGGCACUCUCGGACAUUGCCUCUCACAAUGAGAACGUGGAUGAGGCUACCAAGCCGGGGCUGGCCGACGAGACUGAGCGUCGCCAGUCUAUCGCUCUCAACCUCGUUGAGAACCCUCUGACGCGCAAAUCUAGGGAACAAGUCGUCCUCGAUGCCCGGGCUUUCGCCGAGUCGAACAAUAUGACCGAUGACGCCGAACUUUUUGGUCGGGCCGCUCUGGUCGCCCGUGACCCCCAAGGUUUCGAGGCGGUUACCGAGCUCAGUGACGAGGAGCGCACGGCGCUAGCAUACGAGAGGGAUCACAAAUGGCACGGCCCUUUCAUGCUCUGGUACUCGAUCGCUCUGUGUGCCGUCGGAGCCGCCACACAAGGAUGGGAUCAGACGGGAGCCAACGGGGCCAACUUGUCCUUCCCUCAGGAAUUUGGUCUUACCGGCCAGGGGAGAGACGAAUGGAUUGUGGGAAUUAUCAAUUCUAUUAUUUUCCUAACUGCCGGUCUCAUUGGUGCUUUUAUCGUCGAUCCGCUUAACCACUACUUGGGCCGCAGAGGCGAGAUUUUCGUCACUGCUUGCUGUCUCACUGCCACCCCAAUUGGGUCCGGUUUCGCGAAGUCAUGGCAGGGACUGUUCGCUGCGCGAUUCGUCAUGGGUAUCGGUAUCGGUGCAAAGAAUGCCACGGUCCCCAUCUACUCCGCCGAAAUGGCUCCGGCUCGAACUCGAGGCGCCCUCGUCAUGUUCUGGCAACUUUGGGUUGUAGCGGGUAUCUUCUUGGGCUUCGCCGCCAACGUCAUUGUCAAAGACACCGGUGACAUCGCUUGGCGUCUGCAAUUCGGUUCGGCAUUUAUCCCGUCGCUCAUCCUCGGCGUUGGUAUCUACUUCUGCCCCGAGUCCCCUCGCUGGCUCAUGAAACACGGUAGAUACGCGGAAGGAUUCCAAUCGAUGGUGCGUUUGCGAGCGCAUCCCAUCAUCGCCGCGAGAGACUUCUACUACUCGUACAUUAUCUACGUGGAGGAACUCAGUAUGGCUCGUGGUGCAGGCUACUUCUCCCGUCUGUGGGACUGCUUCGCCGUUCCUCGGAUCAGACGAGCCAACUACGGUGCUUCGACUGUCAUGAUUGCUCAGCAAAUGUGCGUCAUUUCUUUCUAUAGCUCAUCUAUCUUCGAAAAGGUCGGAUACUCGGCGACCGAGUCCUUGUACGCGUCUCUUGGCUACGGUGCUAUUCAGGUCGUGGCAACUAUCCCUACUUUGUUCCUCAUCGACACCAAAGGUCGACGAACCCUGACUUUGAUUACCUUUCCCCUUAUGUGUAUCUUCCUGCUAGCCGGCGGUCUCUCUCUUCUGAAAGAUGAGGGUAGCCGUGGGUCGCGAAUUGGGCCAGUUGUCUUGUUUGUCUACCUGUUUACCAUCUGCUACUCGUUGGGCGAAGGACCCGUUGCUUUCCAGUACUCUUCCGAGGUGUUUCCCACCAUUCAGCGAGAGCAGGGAAUGGCCUGGGCCGUUUGCAUCAACAAUACAUUCGCCGGUAUCCUCGGUUUGACUUUCCCUCGAAUGCAAACCGUCAUGACUCCUACUGGCGCAUUCGGGUUCUACGCUGGACUGAAUAUCAUCGCUUGGUUUAUGAUUUUCUGCUUCGUCAGAGAAACCAAGCAGCUCACGCUGGAAGAAUUGGAUCAGGUCUUCUCGGUCCCAACCAAGAAAUUCAUACACCACGAAUUAACCGUGUGGCUUCCCUGGUUCAUCAGGCGACAUAUCUUCCGACAGAGCAUCCCCAAACCACCGGCCAUCAUCGCGGUGGCCGACAAGUCCAUGGGUAUUCCAGUCGUGUAA